AUGGUAUCUUCAGACCUUUCUCUCGCCGAAAAGCUGCGCUCUUAUUCCACGUGCGAUGUAUCAGAUGCAUUGCUCAAAGUGGGCGUUCCUCAUGGCGGCUUUCUUCCCAACCUCAGCAUGUGGUCACCUGUUCGACAAGAAGGCGAUAGAAAGCUCAUCGGACCGGCAUACACCGUCAAGUUUGUCCGCAAUACCCAGACCAAUGCGCCAAAGCUCAAAGAGCAUUACAUUGAUACCAUUCCAAAGGAUCACGUUGUCUUCAUCUCAGCGCCCCAUGGCAUCUUCAACGCUGUGUAUGGUGGUCUUAUGAGCACUCGUGCCAAGUAUUCUGGAGCCGUCGGCACGGUUGUCGAUGGUACCUUUCGAGAUUUGCAGGAUCAUCGCAAACUUGAUUAUCCAAUCUUUGCCCGUAAUGUCGGCACGCCGAGCUUUUACGAGGUUGCUCGCCCCAGCGAGAUCAAUGUGCCUGUGAAAUUACAGGACCCGGCUCUUGACGCGACGAUCAAUCCAGGAGACAUCAUAUUUGGAGACUUAAAUGGAGUUGUUUGUGUCCCCAAGGAAGUGCUAUCCAAGAUAGUUGAAAUCUUGCCGGGGCAGGUUCAAGCUGAUGAUAACAUGGCGCGGGAUAUCGCUCAAGGCAAGACGUUCACGGCUGCGAAGAAAGAAUACCGUUGA